CCCAAACCGAGGCUGUAACGUCAUGCUCGAGUCAAAACCUCACCCACCCUCCCAGAAGCGAGCAGCUUUUUCACACACAGGCGCAGACUGACUGAGACUGACUGGCUGGCUGGCGCCGUAGCGGAUUGCUGUAGUUAACGGACACACUGCACAAUGCGUGAAUAUAAAUUAGUAGUCCUCGGAUCAGGAGGUGUCGGCAAGUCUGCGCUGACUGUUCAGUUUGUCCAAGGGAUCUUUGUGGAAAAGUACGACCCCACAAUAGAAGACUCAUACAGAAAGCAAGUGGAAGUGGAUGGACAGCAAUGUAUGUUGGAAAUUCUGGAUACUGCCGGAACGGAACAAUUCACAGCCAUGAGGGACCUAUACAUGAAGAACGGCCAGGGCUUUGCACUAGUAUACUCCAUAACAGCACAGUCCACCUUCAAUGACCUGCAGGACCUGAGAGAACAGAUUCUGAGGGUCAAAGACACGGAUGACGUGCCGAUGAUCCUGGUGGGUAAUAAAUGCGAUCUGGAAGACGAGAGGGUGGUCGGGAAAGAACAGGGCCAGAAUCUCGCCCGCCAGUGGAACAGCUGUGCUUUCCUGGAGUCUUCUGCAAAGUCCAAGAUUAACGUCAAUGAGAUCUUCUAUGACCUGGUCCGGCAAAUCAACAGGAAAACUCCAGUACCCGGAAAGGCACGCAAAAAGUCCACCUGCCAACUGCUCUAAUAUACAGCUGUUCUUUUGCUCUGAGCCAGGUCUGAUUUGCUGCUGUGUCUUCAGCAGUGCCAGCAUUCCGACGUUACUAAAACCUAACAUCGAAUGGACUUUCCUGUGUGGUGAUGCCCCUUUAACAACAAACAAACCAACCAACCAACCAAUGGAAUCAAGGCUACAGUAUCAUGUCAGUUUUUUGCACAUAGAUAACCGUCAUCACUUUCCAAUGUCGCGCGCAAGAGAUUUUUACAUAUAAUUAUAUAAAUAUAUAUUCUAACUGUAUGCAACUGAAUAAAACAAAUUAAACGAGUAAAUGAAUAAAGACCUAGAAGAAAUGAAUUUUAAAAUAUACAGAGCCUACACGCAGUGUUAUUGCUAACGGAAACAGCCGCCGUUGUAAAUGUAAGGAGGGAAUGUCUAACCAGGCUGUGCACGUUGCCAUAGCAAUUACAAUGAUAUUUAUAAGCACCACUAUUUUAGCCAGAGAGGAGAGGAAGUCCAAAGAGCUCUAUAUAAACCAUUCUUACAGCUAACUUUCACUCCUUGAUUUCUUUGCAUAAUUAUGUUGAAAUAUUAUUAUUGUUUUUUUUUUGUCUGUUUUUGUAACUUUUAUUCUAAACAUGUUUUUCAUUUCUCUCCUGCAUUUUUUUUUCUCUUUUAUAAAAUUACUAGAUUUUUGCUCUAUGGAGAUGUUAUAUUCGCGACAGCUAUUGAUACUGUUUCAGUUUUAGGAAAAACAACCUGUGGAUACAGUGAUGUACAUGUAAAAAGUAAAAAAAUAUAAUUUUUCUGUUACUAUCAUAUUGUCCUUGGCCUCAGAUGUUGCCUUCGAAUAUGCGUUAAGACCUUU